AUGUCGAUGGAUUCAAUAGUAACCCCCAAGAAGAGUUCUACUGACGCCGGCACGAUGAAGUCCAUUAGUCUACUCGCAUUGCUGCUUGUGUCUGCUGUGGCACUUGCAGAAGAGGCUCCCGUAUGUGAUCCUGAAGCUUGCGAGCUCCCAAACUGCAGAUGUUCCAGCGUUAACAUUCCUGGAGGUUUGAACCCUAGAGAUACUCCACAGUUCGUCACAGUCACUUUCGACGACGGUGUCAAUGUGAACAACAUCGUGACCUACCGUGACAUCCUGUACAACCGCUUCAACACCAACGGUUGCCCCGCUGGAGCUACUUUCUACGUCAGCCACGAGUACACCAACUAUGUUCUGGUCAAUGAACUCUACAACCGCGGUUUUGAAAUCGCUCUUCACUCCAUCAGCCAUCAGACUCCUCAGACCUACUGGCGUGAUGCUACUUAUGAUGACUUGAAGAAGGAAAUUGCUGACCAGAAAGUCCAAAUGGCUCACUUUGCCAACAUUCCUGCUGAUUCCAUCAAAGGCGUGCGUCUUCCCUUCCUCCAAUUGGCUGGAGAUAACAGUUUCCAAGUUAUGGCUGAUCAUGGUUUGGAGUACGACUGCUCCUGGCCCACUACUGCCCACACCAACCCUGGACUCUGGCCCUACACUUUGGACUACCAAUCUAGCCAGGACUGUGUUGUCCUACCCUGCCCAACCUCGUCUAUUCCUGGAAUCUGGGUCAAACCUAUGGUUGCUUGGUCUGACCUUCAAGGUAUCCCUUGUUCCAUGGUGGAUGCUUGCUUCUUUAUUCCUGACCGUGAAAAUGAGCAAGAAUGGUUCGAGUUCAUCCUAACAAACUUCGAGAGGCAUUACUUUGGUAACCGCGCUCCCUUCGGUUUCUUCGUCCACGAAGCAUUCAUCUCUGCCUACCCAGCCGUCCGCCGCGCCUUUGUCCGAUUCAUGGAUAUCAUCAACAACUUGGAAGAUGUCUUUAUGGUCAACUCUCACGAAGUCAUUGACUGGGUAAAGAACCCCGUUCCAGUUGAUCAGUACAAGAAGCAACCCUGUCGCAGAUUCACUCCAACCAACUGUCCUGCUGCAAGCUGCUCUGCUACAUCUGCCCACAACGGCAUGACAUACUGGAUGCAACUCUGCAACGUGUGCCCACGUGUCUACCCAUGGCUGGGCAAUCCUCUGGGACAGUAA